AUGGAUGGCCACAAGAAUGGCGCCGGCCGUCGGCGCGGAAAUCGGCGAGGGCCUCGCCACGGCUCAUCCAACCGUGGCCAAGGCAACCCCCCUGCGGGACCAUCACCCUCUGCCUCUGCAGGAGGCUCACAGCAUCAGGCGAAGAAGAUUGCUCCUGUCGCUGAACCGUCUCAGCCCCAACCCCAGCAACCCGUCCCGCUCGGCACCCGUCGCUUCGAUGGACUGCUGGAACAGAACCAGGUGCACCCUUUGGUCAUCCGGACCAUCACAGAAGAUAUGGGCUUUGAAUUCAUGACACCAGUUCAGGCCGCUACCGUGGACGAGCUCUUGCCCCCAAACCGAAGCGACUGCCUCGUCCAGGCCAAGACAGGAACGGGCAAAACCAUGGCCUUUCUGCUCCCAGCUCUCCAGACCAUGCUCACAGAGAAUCGACCUGUUGACGCCGGCAUUUCACUCCUCGUCAUCUCCCCUACCCGAGAACUGGCCAUGCAGAUUUCCACUGAAGCGACCAAGCUGCUACAGAGACUGCCGCGCUAUCGCGUCCAGAUCGCCAUCGGUGGCACGAACAAGGACCGCGAAGAGAAACAGAUCCUCAGUGGUUGCGACAUCCUCAUUGCCACUCCUGGCCGUCUCUUGGAUCACAUGUCCAACGAAGAAAUCGUCUAUUCGCUGAGAAACGUCAACAGCCUCGUGCUCGAUGAAGCUGAUCGGCUGCUCGACAUGGGCUUCAUGAAGGAUCUCAGGGAGAUUGUCAACCGUCUUCCCGACAAGAAGGAUACAAACCGCCAAGGCAUGCUCUUCUCCGCGACCAUUGCUCCUCAUGUUCAGCAGGUAGCUGGCCUUGUUCUGGCUCCUGGUUACAAGUUCAUCUCGACCAUCCCGGCCGGCGAAGUCAACACUCACGAGCGCGUUCCCCAGUUCCUUGUUGAGGUCCCGACCUUUGGAGCCGUCGCGGCCGCUAUGGCAGGCUGCGUUCGUCAGGAGGCCGCUCAAGAUGGAACUUUCAAAGCCAUCCUGUUUGCCCCAACUGCUGCCCUCGCCGACUUCUAUGGCCAAAUUCUCUCUGCCCUUCCAGGACUGCCUCCAGUAUCCGUCUUGCACAGCCGGAUGUCGCAGAACAAGCGUACCAAAAUCACAAACGAAUACCGCGACUCUAGCAGCUCCAUCCUCGUGGCUACAGACGUCGUUGCUCGUGGAAUGGAUUUCCCGGGCGUCACUACCGUGAUACAGGUCGGUCUUCCUGCUGACAAACAAAGCUACAUCCAUCGCCUUGGACGAACAGCACGCGCCGACGCUGAUGGUCGAGGCGUUCUGAUCGUUUCGGCUGCAGAGGCCUGGUUCCCUAAAUGGUCUCUCAAGGAAAUCACCCUGAGCCCCCGAGAGCCUGACCUGUCCCUGGCAGGGGAAGUGCUGAGUAUUGCCGAGAAGAUGGAGGAGGACGACAAAGCACGGAUCUACCAAGCGUGGCUUGGUUACUACAACAAUUACCUCAAGAACCUCAAAUGGGACAAGGUUGAGUUGGUGAGACAAGCCAACGUCUACGCUAGGGAGGGGCUUGGAUCUCCCGAUACUCCCCCGAUCGCAAAGACGACAGCUGGCAAGAUGGGUUUGAGAGGUGUCAAGGGCUUGGUGACUGUCCCUGAUCGGCCUCGGCAGAAGCAUGGGGCUCCUCGAAACAGAGGUGCAGCUAGAGGCUGA